AUGCGGCGGUACUUUGAUGACACGCUUGUGAUAAUGCCUGGACCCGAUGUAGCUGAAAGUUUCCUUGAUGUACUCAAUGGACUCCACCCUAGUAUUGAUUUUAAUAUGGAGCUUUCCAAUAACGACUCAAUUCCUUUUAUUGGAAUGUUCAUAACGAAGAACGGCAACAAGGAAUUGUCCUCUACGCAUCAGGCAUUCAUCGAUGAAUGUAAACAUCUACAAUCUAUGUUUGCUCACCUUGGAUAUCCAAGUUCGUUAGUGAAUGGCAUCAUUGAUGAAUGUGAGUAUUCCCCAACACGAGAGGCUAAGACGAAACCUGUUACAGAUAAAAAUGAAUGUGAAAACCCGGACGUUUGUGGCAAAGGUCCAAAGUGUGUCAACACGCUCGGUUCUUAUCAGUGCAAAUGUGUUGGUGACAAGGAAGUCGGGUACGAGUAUGUCGCUGACAUGAAACAGUGUAUGGAUGUCAAUGAGUGUGCGCAGCAGCUCUGUGAUAAAAACAGCACCAUAUGCAAGAACUCCAUUGGCAGCUAUAAAUGUGGAUGCAAACCUGGUUACAGUAACAUGAAAAAAAAUAAAUGCAAAGAUGAAGAUGAGUGUAAGACAAGGAAACACAACUGCGAGAAACAGAGUUACUGCCGUAACACGCCAGGUAGUUUUAAAUGCGAGUGUCCAAAAGGUUUUGAGAAGGAUGGCCAUAAAUGCAGGGCCACGAGACUUACACGUUGGCUCACUCCCAAGUACUUGUUGAGGGACAUUAAACAAGGGGUCUGGGACACCCUCGCCGUUGCAGGCUCUGCUUGCGUCAUAGUUCUGGCUCUGCUUAUCAUUUUCAUGGUAAAGUUGAGGAAAUGUUGCAAAAAAUGUUGCAAAAAACCUGGAUAUGAAGAUCAAUUUUACUACCCUGAUGAAAUGUACGAUCCUGAUCAAAUGUUCUUUGCUGAAAGUGAACCAAUGUUCUAUCCAGAAGAGAUGGCCUACCACGGAGAAGAAAUGAUGUAUCCCGCGAAGGGAAUGUAUCCCGAGGGAUAUUCCGAGGAUGGGAUGUAUUGCGAAGGAUACCCCGAGGAUGAAUAUUAUCCCGAGGGAGUGGAAGAUGCUAACCACGGCCUGGACAUGACUGACAAGAGUAUUUUUAACUUAAAUGUGAAACGUUCUGAGAACGUCCCGGUUACUUAUUAUGACAAUGACAAUGAAGAUCUUUCAGAUGAGUACGACUAAUACAAAUUUGACUUUAAGUAUACCCUUUUAUUGACUCUGGCAAGUUGACUGAAACUUGUGUUGAUUUCAUUCAAAUAACCUUUACUUGUAUUGACAGUAACUUAAAUUCCCUUUUAAGACUUGAAUCUGACCUGUAUUGACCCAUUUUUUCGGAUGUGGUUCGUUCGGACUUUGACCGCUCAACUAUCAACAGUGUUGUAGAGAUGCAGUCGCAAUGAUUAAUUUUGUGCCGGCUACAAGGAGGCUUUUUCGCUUCCGAGGUGUAUACAUGUUAACACGGACUAAAAAUCGACUGAAUGUCUUUAAAAACUGUCAAGAAAUGGAGAGUUUUUGUUAUAUUGAACUUUUCUUCAUUUCAAUCUCGGCUCUUUGUUAAACGCGGAAGUUCUCUCUCUUUUUUUUCAUUUAUUCCUUGGUAUUUAUGAAUUGUAAACUUACAAGUUUCCAACUAUCUAGUUAUCAAUGAAUCAUACAUUCAUUCCUUUGCAGAGCGGAUUAAUGAGGUAAAAUGACAUUUUUUAUUCAAAAUUUUACAUGCCGUGCAUAAUCUAACAUAUUUGACAAUGUCUCAACAAAGUCUCAAUAAAAA